ACCCCUGCUGCAUAUCCCCACAACCAAGUUUUUUAACUUCACGACCAAGCAAAAAACUUAACUUGAAAGGAAGACGACAGACAUCAGGACAAGCACAACACAAAAUGAAGCUAGUUUGGUCUCCUGAGACUGCAUCAAAGGCCUACAUCGAUACUGUUAAAUCUUGCGAGCUGUAUCAAGAAUCAGGCGUGGCAGAGCUUGUUUCCGCCAUGGCUGCAGGCUGGAACGCCAACUUCAUCGUGGAGACAUGGUCUCAAGGUGGAGUUAUGGCAACAAGUACUGGCCUAGCGGUGGCGAGCAGUCACACGGGCGGAAGACACGUUUGCAUAGUCCCCGAUGAGCAGUCGAGGUCGGAGUAUGCCCAAGGCAUGGUCGAGGCCGGCAUGUCACCGGAAGUUAUCGUCGGAGAGCCGGAGGAAGCGAUGGACGAGCUAGUAGGCAUAGAUUUCAUGGUGGUUGAUUGCAGGCGCAAGGACUUUGCAAGAAUACUGAGGCUGGCAAAGCUGAGUAGCCGUGGUGCUGUUUUGGUGUGCAAGAAUGCCAGUUCGAAGUCAGCAGCAGCAAGCUUCAAAUGGCGAAGCGUUCUUGAUGGCGGAUCGCAGCAUCUCGUGCGCUCUGUGUUUCUGCCGGUGGGGAUGGGACUGGAUAUUGCACAUGUUGCAGCGGCGGCCAGUGGGGGGAAUUCAGGUUCAGGUGCGAAAAAAUGGAUCAGGCACGUGGAUCAACAAUCAGGAGAGGAGCAUGUUAUCAGAAAGUAGUUUUCUGGUGAAAUUGAAAGAUAUAUAUAGACUUAUAGUUCUGAUCUCUUCUUCUUCUUUUUUAAUCCUUCUUUAAAUCUUACGUUGCAUGUAUAAACAUAAAUUCAAUUUAAUUAUCAUCUGUACAGAAGUUCAUGAUCAGAAGAACUAAAGAAAACUUUCUAGUA